UGCUAAAAAAUAUGAAACCAAUAUUUUAGCUAAUGAGAAAUUAGCAUCUAGCAAUAUAACUAGUUUGAAUGAUAUAAUUAGUUUAAAUAGAGAUCAAGUAAUUAGUUUAAGUAAGAAUAAUUCUGAUGAUGAAUUUUCAAAUAAUUAUGAAGAGCCCAAGCCAAAA